GGCGGCGUCACCGCUGCCACUCCCCCAGGCAGGAAGGGCGCAUCCCGGAUAGCUAGCUGGCUAGCUCAAGUCAAUACAACCAUGGCAGUAAACCUCAGCAAAAAUGGCCCCGCGUUAACAGCGGCGUACCAAGAAGUCGUCAAUGAAAAAUCCGAUACCAACUGGGCCUUGUUCACCUAUGAGGGAAACAGUAAUGACGUCCGCCUGGCAGAAAAGGGAGAUGGAGGAUUGGAGGAGCUGGUGGAGGAGCUAAACAGUGGAAAAGUGAUGUAUGCUUUCUGUCGGGUCCAGGACCCAAACUCCGGUCUUCCUAAAUAUGUCCUCAUCAAUUGGACGGGGGAAGGAGUGAAUGAUGCCAGGAAAGGACUUUGUGCAAAUCAUGUGAGCUCCAUGGCAAACUUUCUUAAGGGGGCGCACGUGACAGUAAAUGCCAGAGCAGAUGAGGAUGUCGAACCUGAGGUGAUCAUGGAGAAGGUGGCCAAGGCCUCAGGAGCCAACUACAGCUUCCACAAAGAAGCUUCCAGCCGCUUCCAAGACAGUGUCCCUCAGGGUCCCGUGGGCUCUGUGUACCAGAAGACCAACGCUAUGUCAGAAAUCAGGAGGACCAACAAGGACACAUUCUGGGCACAGGCAGAGAAAGAGGAGGAGAGACGUCGCGUGGAGGAGCGGCGCAAAGCGGAUGAAGAGCGCCAGCAUCUGGAGAAAGAGCGGAAGGACAGGGAAGUCAAGGAGGCAGCGCUGAGGGACAAACGGGACAAGGAGAGGGCUGUUCAAAUUGAGCAACAGAAGAAGUACCAGCAGCAGCAGGAGGCUGAGAGCAGAGAGCACGAGAAACAACGCUGGGAGCAGCAGGGGGAGAUCCAGGAAGCCCAGAAGCAAGCAGUCCGACGAGGGGAAUCUGUGGAAAAGGCCAAUGAGGCGGCUUCCCUGAUUUCACAGAGAGCUGUGAAUCCCAGAGACAUGUUCAAGCAGAGAGAGAGGGGAAUAACUCCCAGUGAUUCAAGUGUGCCCUCUGCUGCCCCUGUCAGCCCCCAGCCAGGGCGCCUGCAAAGCCCCUUUCUCUCUCAGUACGAAAGCGAGCGAGCCGACUCGCCUCAGCGCCAAGCUUCUCCGGUGCCGGCAGGCUCCGCCUCCACUGUCCACGCAGCAGAGCCAGAUGUGGAGGAUGGACAGUCCAGGUGUGAGUAUGACGCGCAGGAGGAAGCCCCUGAGGAGCAUUUGAGAGAGGAAGUGCCAGCUGCCAGCCCCUGUGUCCAGGAGCAUUUAUAUGAAGACCCCCCCCAGGUUGAGGAGAACAACUCUGAGGUGACUGCAGAGGAAACAUCAGAAAGAGGAAUCUGUGCGCGGGCCUUAUAUGAUUACCAGGCUGCCGACGACACCGAGAUCUCCUUCGACCCUGACGAGAUCAUCACCGGGAUCGAGAUGAUCGAUGAGGGAUGGUGGCGAGGCUACGACCCCAAUGGCCAUUUCGGAAUGUUCCCAGCCAACUACGUGGAGCUGGUGUAGGCCUGCGCCUUCCGCAGUAACACGGAACCUCCCACGAACAGUCCUCCGCUGAUCACGCUGCUCCACAUCACGGACCGAUGAAUGGACGCUCAACUCAAAGGCCUGGACAUUUCAAAUUGAUCAUGUCAAACCAGCUCCGUGAACAUGUUGAUGUUGUACGCAGGUACGCCACCUCCACCACUUUACCUGUAAAUGUGAUGAGCCUUAGUUUAAAUCUUGACAUUUUCUGAGCGUACGCAGCACUUGAGUCCACAUUCCUUUCAAAGUGACUUCAUUAUCUGGUGUCAUUUCAUUAUUACUUGCUGAGACAGCAAAGCUAGUGGUACGAGAUGAAUUUGAAUCCCAUCUCUUGUUUAUUGCCGUUGUUUUCCGUAAGACCAAAUGGCCCUUUUCACGUGACGGACCAUAAAUCAUGUAUGAAUUUCAAAGUGUUUUAGACCGAGUUUGAAGUGAAUAUUUUUAACACACAACACAGUCGCGCUCCCCUUUGGGUGGUCGACUUUGUGACGUGAGAGUGAAUACCAAAUGAAUUUCCCUGCAGUGUGUCAUGUCUUCUUGGUCCCUUCAUUUCAACUUUUUCAAGAUGCGCUAAAGAGAAGUAAACAUUCAAAACAGCAUGUUUGCAAUGAUUGCUUUGGAACAUAUGUGAUGUGAGAGUGGAUGUAAUGAGUAUAAAGCUUUCUGUGACAUUUUAGAGAAACAACUUGUGUUUGAUCUUGAAACAUCUUUCUGCUUUUCAAAGUAUGAUUCCCCUAACAGUUGACUAAAUGAAACAUGAAAUUUGGAACAUACGUAUGUGUCGUUAUAUGCCAGAGUCUAUUGCAAUCCAUCUUUUGUAAUAAAACUAAUAAAUCUG